GCAACUUUUCCCCCACGCUCUUUGUUUGUUGUUGUUUUUCUUUUUUUUCUUUUUUUUUUUUUCUUCACCUGCCUUCACACACCGACCCACGGUCCCGCUCGGCGGCUCAUGAGCUCCGGUGGAUAUCUGAUCAGAAGUCAUGGAAGUCGCUCCUGCGUGUUUGUCCCUGCUGUGCGUCUGUCUGCUCGGCUCUCUGGCGGCUGAUUGGGAGUUUGUGGACACUAAUUUCACCUACCUCGAUGAUGUAAUCGACUACAAGGAUCCCUGUAAAGCUGCUGCCUUCUUGGGAGACAUCGCCCUCGAUGAAGACGACCUCCGCAUGUUCAAAAACGUCCACAGCGGCGACGGUGCGCGGCACCCUGGCAACCACACAGACUCAGUUAAUGGCUCCUCUUCCAACGAGAGUGUCAGGAGGACGAGAGCAGCGGACAGACAGACGCUCCGUCGCUGGAGGAGAGCCGCCACCUCCAGACCCGAGCGAGUGUGGCCGGACGGCAUCAUCCCGUACGUGAUCAGUGGGAAUUUCACUGGCAGCCAGCGAGCCAUUUUCCGUCAGGCGAUGCGUCACUGGGAGAAACACACUUGUGUAACGUUCACAGAGAGGACGACUGAAGAAAGCUACAUUGUUUUCACAUACCGACCCUGUGGGUGUUGCUCCUAUGUGGGGAGGAGAGGCAGUGGCCCUCAGGCCAUCUCCAUAGGAAAGAACUGCGAUAAGUUUGGCAUCGUGGUCCAUGAGCUGGGCCACGUGAUCGGCUUCUGGCAUGAACACACGCGCCCAGACCGCGAUGAGCAUGUAAGCAUCAUCAGAGACAACAUCCAACCAGGACAGGAGUAUAACUUCCUGAAGAUGGAGCCAGGCGAGGUCGACUCGCUCGGGGAGGUGUACGACUUUGGCAGCAUCAUGCAUUACGCCAGGAACACGUUCUCCAGAGGCGUCUUCUUAGACACCAUCUUGCCCCGUUAUGAUGUCAACGGAGUCAGGCCGCCUAUCGGACAGAGGACCAGGCUCAGCAAGGGGGACAUCGCACAAGCCCGCAAACUCUACAAGUGUGCAAGAUGUGGGGACAGUCUGCAGGAGAGCGCUGGAAACUUCUCCUCACCCGGUUUUCCCAACGGCUACUCAGCGUACGCUCACUGUGUCUGGAAGAUUUCUGUCACCCCCGGAGAGAAGAUUGUUCUGAACUUUACCUCGAUGGACCUCUUCAGGAGUCACCUGUGCUGGUACGACCACGUGGAGGUCCGAGACGGGUUCUGGAGGAAAGCUCCUCUGAAAGGCCGCUUCUGCGGAGACACGCUUCCAGAUCCAAUGAUCUCAACUGACAGCCAGCUGUGGAUUGAGUUCAGAAGCAGCAGCAGCUGGGUGGGCAAAGGCUUUUCCGCAGUCUACGAAGCCAUCUGUGGAGGAGAGGUGAAGCGAGACAGCGGACAGAUCCAGUCACCCAAUUACCCCGAUGACUACCAGUCCAACAAAGUGUGUGUGUGGAAAAUCACAGUCGCAGAGGGUUUUAACGUUGGCCUCUCCUUCCAGUCAUUUGAGAUUGAGAGACAUGACAGCUGUGCCUACGACUACGUGGAGGUGAGGGACGGCGUUUCGGAGAGCAGCCCGCUGCUCGGCCGGUUCUGCGGCUAUGACAAACCAGACGACAUCAAAAGCAGCUCCAACCGGCUCUGGCUCAAGUUUGUGUCCGAUGGAUCGGUUAACAAAGCCGGGUUCGCAGCCAACUUCUUUAAAGAGAUGGACGAGUGCUCCCGACCCGACAACGGUCAGUGCGAGCAGCGCUGCAUGAACACGCUGGGCAGCUACAGAUGUGCCUGUGAUCCUGGAUAUGAGCUGGCAGCCGACAGGCGCAGCUGUGAGACAGCUGCCUGCGGCGGGUUCAUCACCAAGCUGAACGGCUCCCUCACCACCCCCGGCUGGCCCAAAGAAUACCCUCCCAACAAGAACUGCGUGUGGCAGCUGGUGGCGCCCAUCCAGUACCGCAUCACUCUGGUGUUCGACGUGUUCGAGACCGAAGGAAACGAUGUGUGUAAAUAUGAUUAUGUGGAGGUGCGCAGCGGGUUGAGCUCGGACUCAAAGCUUCACGGGAAGUUCUGUGGCGCCGAGAAGCCCGAGGUCAUCACCUCCCAGCACAACAACAUGAGGAUCGAGUUCAAGUCCGACAACACCGUCGCCAAGAGGGGCUUCAAGGCUCACUUCUUCUCUGACAUAGACGAGUGCUCCAAAGAAAACGGAGGCUGCCAGCACGAGUGUGUGAACACCUUCGGAAGCUACAGCUGUCAGUGCCGCAGCGGCUUCAUGCUGCACGAUAACAAGCACGACUGCAAGGAAGCGGGCUGUGAUCACGUUGUCAACAGCGUCUCAGGGAAAAUAAGCAGCCCCAACUGGCCCGAUAGAUACCCCAGCAAGAAGGCCUGCACCUGGAUUCUGACCACAACACCAGGCCAUCGCAUCAAACUUGUUUUCAACGAGAUCGACAUGGAGGCUCAUCUGGAGUGUGCUUACGACCAUCUGGAGAUCUACGACGGGCGAGACGUGCGCGUCCCAACUCUCGGACGCUUCUGUGGCACCAAAAAACCCUCCCCGGUCGUGUCCAGCGGCAACAAGAUGUUCCUGCGUUUUUUCUCAGACAACUCAGUGCAGAAGAGAGGCUUCGAGGCCACUUAUGGAGCAGAAUGUGGAGGGAGCCUGAAAGCCGAGGUCAAGACAAAAGAUCUCUACUCUCAUGCCCAGUUCGGAGAUAACAACUACCCCGGUGGCUCCGACUGUCUGUGGGUGGUCUCCGCCGAGAAGGGUUACGGAGUGGAGAUCAUCUUCCAAGUGUUUGAGAUCGAGGAGGAGGCAGACUGCGGGUACGAUUACGUGGAGCUGUACGACGGCGCUGACAUCAAGUCUCCGAGGCUGGGACGAUAUUGCGGAUCAGGGGCCCCAGAGGAGGUCUACUCUGCUGGAGACGCCAUACUUUUAAAGUUUCACUCGGAUGACAGCAUCAAUAAAAAGGGCUUUCAUGUACGCUACACGAGCACAAAGUUCCAGGACACGUUACACGCAAGCAAGUGACUCUCUCUCGACAAACCAACCCCCAAAAACCCCAAAUGGAGACUUCACCCCUAACAUUUGGUGGGACACACCCGUCUCCAGACGAGGAGUGAAUGCAUGGACUUGACACCACAAACACCAGCCCACAUACUUUACAUCUGUUAGCGAGGGCGAAGCCACGCUUUGCUCUUCCUCAUCAUAUACCGUAGCUGUGUAGGAUGAUAAAAACAAGGACUAGUUUUGCAGUGAUUGUUUCGAGUAAAUUCGGUCACGCCGCUCGUAAUGAGCCGAUUACGUCGUAGCACUGUGUUGAGAUAUAAAGUGUAUAUAUUGUGCUAUAGUUUGACUUGUUUAUUUUUUAAUCAUGAUAUCAGCUAUGGCACGUUCUACAGUCUGAGGCUGAAGUUUGAUCGCUUUGAAUGAAUGCGAUGCACUUUGUUGUGUCACAUCUCUGGAGAAAUGCACAAAAUGAGUGAGAAGGACGAAAAAAACAAACGCGCUGAAAGCUCAAUUGUUCCGACCAGAUCUCUCAUUUACAUUUUUUAUUCAGCCACUUUCUUUGAUCUAUUUUAAGUUUUGAGUUUCCUUACAUUAACAGACAAUCACACUGUAUUUGAGUUCCCUUGUGACAGUUUUGACCUCUGACUGGUGUUUCUGCGUGCUCUCUAUGAACACACACAAGGACAGCAUGAUAGUGGAUAUAAUUAAAGGGAUAGUUCACCCCAAAACAUCUGUCGUGCUAUUCAUCCCAUUUAGACUGUUUGGUGCGAGUUGCCGAGUUUUAUACAGAUAUCAGCCUUCUCUUGAUUAUAAUUGAACUUGAUUAACACUUGGCUUGGGGUGGAGCAUUUCUUUCUGCCACACUACACUCGCCAACCUUAUUACCAUGCAGAAGGAACCGCGCACAUACUAAUGGACCUUCGACGGCAGUGGCUAGACCAGCUACAACUCAGCUGAAGAGGACACCAUUAACGUUUACAUCCCGCGCUGUCACGAGCACGCACUUCCCGUCUUGGCAGGCAUUCUUGGCACAGUCUGAGGGCCGGACAGAGGGGAAAACAACAUCAGCUGCCUACAACAUUAGCUUUGCUUUUCCUAUAAAUUGCAUGUUAAUACUGAAAUAUAUAUACCUGGAAACUAAAAAAUAAGUAAGGCUCA